GGCAAUGCUGCAAUGAUACAAAUUUGUGCUAUUUGCAGCUCAUCAGUUACCGUGUCCGUGCACGGUAGGCCUCAGAGCUCUUAUAAUUGUGGUCAUGGUUCCACAAGGGUGUAUUGGGAUCUUUGCUACAGGUAUCGCCAACAUCAUGAGCUUGACAAGCGAGAUCUGUGAGCUCAACAGUAUUGCUGGUUUCAUGACUGGUGACAGCGAUCUUUGGAUCACCAGUCGUUUUGAAAGACUUCAUUUGAUCAACCUACUGUCCAUUCAGCGUCAACUGUCAAAUCUCGAAGAAGAGAUCAAUGAUCAUGUCUUGUAUGAGCGACAUUUGGUCGGACACGAGCCACACCCAAAGCCUACAAGGGUAUCGAAGGAGAUCUUUGCGGACCUGCAAGGCACAAUUAAAGCAUAUGGCGAUGCCAUUUCAUCACUAAAGAUGUUAAAGGAGAGCGAGGCUCCCGCUCCGCAUAUCGUAAAGGCUGUGAAGGAGGGCACACCGCAGUCUGCCAUCCUCUUCAAAGACCUUAGUAUCUCUGGUGAUUUAAGCCGUGAAGCUCAGCGUCAGCUUUGUGUGGCGACAAAACAAAGAGAUUGGGUUCACAGAUUCAUUGGGAGACACGCACGCCUGGCUCGUAUGUUUGGAGAGGAGCACAUGAUAAAAGGAGUACACUACACGAAGUUCUCAGAAGACCGGUUAAGAAAGGUGGAAUUUGGAACAAUAGCAGUCUGCCUUUGUGUAGUGCAGUUGCUGCCGGUCUUGGCUCUGACCUUGGUAUCAAGCAAGACACUUCGUCUUGCUAUCAUCGUUAUCCUUAUCAUCCUCGUGUCUAUUAUGAACUCUCUGUUUGCGAACACCGUGCGAGCGACCAACUUUGGAGCCGUUGCAGCAUAUUCUGCGAUCGUUGUUGUAUUCCUAAGCCAGAACGACUAGCAAUGAAUGAUAAUGAUACUAGGAUAUGCGUUUAUCCCGCUUCGCCGUUUAUACCACUUGUAUGAUACAGAGAAACUAUAAGCUCCGUGGACAUGUAUACUAAAUUUAUUUCAAUACAACCCGCAG